GACCCCCGAUACGCGAAAUCCUACCACGACUUGAUCUUUCUGGCCUACCACAUCGUCUUUUUCUCCUGCGUGCGACAGUUCAUCACCAUUAACCUUUCCAGACCUAUCGCCAAGUAUUUUGGUUUGAAACGGGAAUCCAAGAUAGACAGGUUCGGCGAACAGAUGUAUGCUUUGGUGUAUUUCAUGGUUCUUGGAGUGUAUGGUUAUUCCGUAAUGACACGCCUACCGACCUAUUGGUAUAGAACGCAAUACUUUUGGAUUGACUACCCGCAUUGGGACAUGAACCAGGACAUGAAACGGUACUACCUCAUGCAAUUCUCCUACUGGUGUCAGCAAUUGCUCGUUUUGCUCCUCGGACUGGAGAAACCACGUAAGGAUUAUUCGAAACUUGUCGCUCACCACAUCAUCACCUUGUGGUUGGUCGGAGGGAGUUAUGUACUCAACUGCACGUACAUGGGGAACGCGGUAUUCAUCAGUAUGGAUAUACCGGACACCUUGUUUGCGUUCUCCAAACUCCUGAAUUACAUUCAAUGGGAGCGGGCCAAGAUGGUGUCAUUCGUCACAUUCAUCGCAGUUUGGACAUACUUCCGGCAUUACCUGAACAUCGUAAUGCUCUGGUCGGUAUUGUUCGAAUCACAUCUCGUCCCUGAUUUCGCGAAACAAUGGAGUAGCUCCCAAGGCGUCUACAUGGUGUUCUGGCUGCCACCAGUCAUAUUCGCAUCAAUGUUCUUUUUGCAGUGUCUCAACCUUUACUGGUAUUAUCUUAUGUUGCGGAUAUUGAUCAGGUCAGUU